AUGAUUUCGCAAUCACUCCUUCUCCUGUUCCCAGCACUUGCGCUGGCGUCGAUUACCAUUGAGGAUCCCUCGGAUGUGAUCAAGCCCAAGUGGUGGACCAAAGACAAUGCACUCCUCGCAAAUUACGAUAUUGCGAUGAUCAGUACUCAGCCGUCGGACAUUGAGGCAAUCCACAAGUAUGACGGAUCUAGCUCGAGUGCCAGCGUCGACCACGUUGCAUGGUCUGCUACGGCGAAUGAUACCAGCGUCCUGCUCGUGGCGAAUGGGGCCGAGUUCAAUGGCUCAUACAUUGACUUCAAGAAGAGUGGAUAUUCGACCAAUCUUAACACGGCCAGUUUUUGGGGAUUCAAUGCCGCAAUCAACGUGGCUAAUGCCUCCACUGCCUACUUUGACAAUGUCAAUGUCACCGUCCAUAACGGAGCUGCUCAAAUUUACUCGUAUGGAACCGACACUGUGGUCCACGUCAACAACUCUUGGCUGUACUCCUCUGGACCGGUCAGUCACGGCCUUUACGCCUCUGGCAAUGGUACAAUCGUCGGCCACAACCUUCAGGUUUACUCUGGUGGCUACCGAUCUUCCAGCUUCUCUGGUGAUUCCCCUGGCGGCUAUAUCUACGUUUACGACAGCGUUGCCCACGCAGCUGGCGUUGGAUCUGCGACUUUCUACUCCCUGGGUCUGAUUGAUGCUCACAACGUGGUCAGCGUUUCCGAGAAAGGCCCCGUUGUUUUCUCCGAUGGUGCCCAAACUACCAACCUGACAAACUGCGAUGCCAUUGCAGGACUACUGGGUGGAGUUGUGAUCUUCAGCAGUUCCACUCGUGUUAGCGGCGCGGAGCUGAACUUGGUCAACACCAAGUUUACCACCCUCGGCAAGACGGUGCCCGGUCUAUGGUUCGGUAAUGUCAUUGCCAGCGCAAACCUGAACAAUGCCCGGCUUGACACCGCCUCUGGCAUUCUGGUGGUAGCCAACUAUUCCCAGGUUACUCAGGACUUUGACUACUACGCGGACUACGAGGACAACAGUAGCCUGUCCCCCGCCGAGGUGACUCUGACCGUCACCGAGUCCGACCUGGUGGGCGAUUUGGUCGCUUACAACAAGAGCGUCAUUAGCUGGACACUCAACGACUACAGCAGCUGGACUGGUUCUGCGUACUCUGGUUAUGGGGAGGCCUACUUCGACGUUGCUCUGGACGCUACCAGCAACUGGACUCUGACCCGCGAUACUACCCUGCAGAACUUCACCGAUACCUUAACCAGUCUGUCCAACAUCCACAGCAAUGGUCACAACAUCUACUACAACUCGAGCCUGAACAGCUGGUUGGGUGGUAAGACGGUUCGUCUGUCUGGUGGUGGUGUGGCGAAGCCAAUCUCUUCGUCUAACAGCCGGGUCCACCGGGGGCUCACUGCUGGUCGCCGGCUGUGA